CGCCGUUCCGUCUCCCCAAGGGUGUCCGCUUUCUUCGUGAUCGCACACUUGCAUCUCUUGCGCCCAUUGUGAAGUUGGCCGGAGCGGCGCGUGAGGUGUGUCGAGACAGCGUGGACGCGUUUCUCUUUUCUGCCCGCGGAAUGUGCCUCGAGUGUUCGCCGCGAUUCUGCAGCAAGGAGCCACUGCUGUCCGUCCACGUUUGUAGCGGGCCAUCGAACGUUCCGCCACAGUUGUCGCGAACUGGCUCGUUCGGCCCACAGGCCGCCGCUGCGAUGGAGUUCAAGCGAGAAAGGCGUUUCACAUAUCACCGUGCAGGCAAAGAAAAGGUCCACACAGUCAGGGUGAAGUCCACUGAAUGUCACAUGACUGAACAUCAAAGCCAAGUGGGGAGGAUGCAACGUACGAGAGUGGUAGUGAUUGGGGCUGGUGUCAUUGGCCUUUCAACAGCCUUGUGCAUCCAGAACAACAUUCCAGGCACUUCUGUUACAGUCAUUGCUGAUCGUUUCAUUCAAGACACACUAAGCUUUGGUGCUGCUGGGUUCUUCCGUCCAGAUGAAAAUAUAGGACCAACACUUGACAUUACGAGAGAGUGGUUCAGAGCAACAUUCAGACAUUACGAGAUUCUGUUGCAUGGCAAUACUGCUGAAACAGCUGGAAUCAAGAGGCUUUCUGGCUAUGCCCUCAGUUCAAGCAACCCGGAGAAACUUGUGAAUGGAACAAUGAAGGAGUUCUGUGCUGGCCUGAGACCAGUUGAUGAGCAAGAACUGAGAAACUUUCCACUGAAAUACAAGUAUGGAAUAUUCUACAACAGCAUUCUGGCAGAUCCUAGGAAGUACUUGAAAUGGCUGACUGACAAGAUACUAUGCAAUGGCGGGCACAUAAAGAACCAAGUUGUCAAGGACCUGCAAGACCUUAAGGAUUUCAGUGUUGUAGUGAACUGCAGUGGUCUCAGAGCCAAGGAACUUACAGAGGAUCCACUGCUGACUCCUGUCAGAGGACAGGUUAUCAAGGUAUUCGCUCCCUGGGUGACUCAGUUUUAUUAUGCUGAUGGCUGCUACAUUCUUCCAGGGACGGAGUAUGUCACACUGGGGGGAACAAAGCAGCUUGGCGAUUGGAAUAUGGAAGUCUCACAGCAUGACAGGGACUACAUAUGGAACACAUGUACUGCAGUACUUCCAAGCCUCAAGGAUGCUAAAGUGAUUGAAGACUGGGUAGGACUGCGCCCUUUUCGUCAGCCAAUCAGGAUCGAGGCAGAAGUUCUUGGGAGUGGCAGCAACCAGUGCAAGGUUGUUCACAACUAUGGCCAUGGAGCACAUGGAAUCAAUACAUCCUGGGGUACAGCGCUCCAUGCAACACGCCUUGUUAGUGACAUGCUGCAAGAUGAAACGGCCAGCAUGCUUGCAAAAUUGUAGAUGUGGCAACUGUUCUUUUGUAGAUGUCAUGCUACAGUUGAAUAAUAUGAAGCCUGUUUGGGAGAGUGAUUGAAAUAAAAGCAGACAUUGAAAGAAAAAAAAUUAUGUAGGUAAUUUCUUGGCGCCACAGAGCCACUUGUAGUGACAGCAUUUGUGCACAUCUGCCCCUCCUUUUUUGUUACACCUCUCUGCUAGUGAUCAUCUGCCAAGAUUUCAAAUGACACUUUUCUACAAAAUUUAUCUUUGCCAGUGCGCUUGAUCUGGCUACGCAACCACUCAUCUUGUUGCCACUGAACAUAUAUUCUGCUUAUGCUGCUCUUCUGACAACACACUGGUUCGCUGCUGUAGCUGUGCGCCUUCUCCUUUUGCUGCCAUGCCUUCUAUAUUCCACUGAAGCCAUCCCUCCAAAGAUAAAUGUUGUUGAGAAUGGCUAGGGCAAUUUCCCUUGCAUUGUGCAAGCUGUGUGAAACGGUGAGUUGCCUCAUGUUUGCAUGUUCAUCAGUGCUAUGUCUAUUGUGCGAGCCGCACCGCCAAUGGCAUCUUAACUGUGGUCCUUUGUCUGUAAUCUUGGACAAUCAUUUGAAGUAUCACCUUAUGAGUCAAAAGCGAGCUGUUGUCUAAAAAAUAAUUAAAAAAAGGAAAAGAAAAUGUAAAAAUUUUUAAAUGAGGACACCAGAAGAUACAUUGAAUGCGCAUACAAAGUGCCCUCAAGUCUUCUAAUGUCCUCGUGAUUUUUCUUGCACUAUACCUUGCUCUGACAUGAACCACCUACUAGACCAUAUCGCAAUGCUCAUUUCCUUAUAUGGCUAGCCAACACUGAAGAACUAACACAUCUUUUUCUGCUGCUUCCUUGUUUAAAAACUUUAUUAAUGUUUUAACGUGGAUGCAGUGCAAUUGGUUAACAUUUGUUUGGCCACAAAUUUAUGAGAGAAAGAUAAAGAAAUAGAAACAUGAAGAAAAGACUGGUGUAUUCUCCCAUAUUCCUAAGCAAAAUAACGUACCAUACCCACCAUUUAUUAGGUAUGGCUGUUCUUAGUGUACUGCACCGUGGCCAUAUGAAGCCUAUGUAUGCUCUUUUAUUUUGCAAAUGAAGUAUUCUGCAAAUAUUUGCGGAAGGUAUUUGGCAAAUUAAGUAUUAGGAAUCAGAACCUGAAGCAUUUUAAUCCUGCAUUCUUUUGUAA